GCAGGCUCUAGCCCUUCCUCGCGUGGCCCCGCCCCCGCCCUCGCCCCCUGCCCAGGCCCGGCCCCUGCGGAGCCCAGAGGCGCGCGGACGCAGCUCGAGGCGUCUACGGAACCUCAGCCUACGACCUGCCCCUCUGGGAGGUGCGGGCCGCGGCCAGGCUCUGACCUCAACCUGGCACAGAGGCCCCGGCCCUCAGGCAAGAUUGUCCGGGUCAGCAAGACAGGAACCCAGGAUCCCAGAGUUGAAUACACUGGGCUUAACCCGUCCCACCGGGAGGCCCAUGAUGGGCUGCUGCAGUGGACGUGGAGACUCAGCACUCCUGGGACUAAUGCUGCGUGGAUGUCGGGUUGCAAGGUGGCUGCUGCAGCUCCAGCCAUCACGUCAAGGCUAGAAGAAGGAGGUGGCUGCUGCUUCUUUCACAGAAGCAAAAGCUUCCCCAUCCCCUGCUGCACCCUGGCUCCUGGCCCACAGCUGGGUGACUUGGGAAAGCAGGGGUGGUGGUAUUAAGCUUGCCUUACCCCGGUCAUGGCUGUUAACGGGCUGGCACAUUGCUGCUGGGACCAGACUGGAAUUCUGCACACCAGGGGAGUGGCUCUUGUGUCUUUAGACCUCUGUGCCGAUGACCUGGGAGGAAGGUCAGCCUUCCUUGCUGGAGGGGGCCCAGCAAAGCCUCAGCCCCUAGAAGUGAGGGGCCUGCCACUGCCUGCCCAAGGACCCCACUCCUGGGGGCCAGAUGCUGAGAAGAGACACUGGGGGCCUAGCAGACCGGAGAGCUAACCCCAGUCCCACAGCCUGGUGAAGUCACAGCCUUGCCACCUGUCUUGAUCUCACCACUGUGAAGGCCCCACCUCUCCUGCUGUAGCCCCACAGCAUGCAGCCCCAGGAGAGCCACGUCCACUAUAGUAGGUGGGAGGACGGCAGCAGGGAUGGAGUCAGCCUAGGGGCUGUGUCCAGCACAGAAGAGGCCUCAUGCUGCCGCAGGAUCUCCCGGAAGCUGUGCACGGGCAAGCUGGGCAUCGCCAUGAAGGUGCUGGGCGGCGUGGCCCUCUUCUGGAUCAUCUUCAUCCUGGGCUACCUCACUGGCUACUAUGUGCACAAGUGCAAAUAAAUGGUGCCCCGCGUGCAUGCUGGGGGCUGGCUGCACAUGUGAGAGCACAGGCCUGGAGAGA